AUGAGGUUCCUUCAGACCAACCUCCAAAGUGCUAAAAUGAAAAAGAAGAAGGAAAAGGGAGCACCAAGAGUGGGAGCAGGGAAUUUCUCUACUGUCACUGAGCUGAAGUAUUUUCCAUCUGUUGGCUACACAGUUCUUGACAUUGUUGUUGAUUGUUUUCCAUCUGUAAGCAUCGUGGAUGUUGUUGCUUUGCUGGACAACAGUUGCUUUGCUGGAGAUCCCAGUAAACGCACAGAAUUUACAUGGGAGCAACUUUAUAGAAUCAUCACACGGGUGGCUAGAGGACUUGUCUAUCUAUAUGAGGAUUCCCGUCUCACAGUUAUUCAUAGAGAUGUGAAACCCAGCAACAUUUUAUUAGAUGACAAUAUGAAUCCUAAAAUUGCAGACUUUGGGUUGGCGAGGCUUCUCCUCAUUGACCAAACACAUCAAGAUACCAGCAAAGUUGUGGGUACAUAUGGAUACAUGUCACCAGAGUAUGCAAUGCAUGGCAAAUUUUCUGUAAAGUCAGAUGUCUAUAGCUUUGGAGUAUUGCUGCUAGAGAUUGUGAGCGGUAAGAGGAACAUGGCAUUCCAAGAAUUAGGCGAUCAAGAUCUUUUGAGCUAUACCUGGAUACUCUGGUCAGAGGGCAGAGCAUUGGAGUUGGUCGAUCCUAAACAGUUGGAGUCAUGUCCAAGGGCAGAAAUAUUGAGGUGCAUUCACAUUGGUUUACUCUGCGUGCAAGAGGAUCCAGAUGAUAGGCCAACUAUGUCGUCUAUUCUUCUUAUGCUUAAUAGCACAUCUGCAACACUUCAAAAGCCGUCAAGCCCAGCAUUAGUGUUGGACAGAAGCAGAGGCUUAUGGAUUCUAAAUGCAAGCAGCUCAGAUAUUUUAGAGUACGAAUCCAAGGCGAGUGAUGAUUGA